GUUCGGCGACGACCCCCAAAGAUAUUCGGGAAGAAUUCGUAGGUGGAAUUUGAGGUACCAGAAUUUUGGAGCGAAAGAAACUGGUCUCAGAAAAGAAACGAUGAUUCUACAACGUCUAGAAAAGGAAAAGAGAAAGAUUCAAGAGGUGUGUGUCACAAUUGUAAGCAGCAAAUAAAUGGCUGUGAAUCAGCUUGUCUUGCCAUGGAACAUCUAUACCAUGUUCAUUGUUUCCUUUGUUGCUUUUGUGGAAACCAGUUGAUUGGUCAAAUAUUUUAUAAUGUUAAUGGAAAGAUUUACUGUGAACAGGAUUAUAAGAAUCUUGGUUUUUCUCCUAACUACUGUGAUAUUUGUGGAAAAAUAAUUGAGCUAAAGAUCAUCCAAGCACUGGGCAGGUCAUAUCACCCAUCAUGCUUUAGAUGUUCUGUCUGUCAAACAGAAUUAGAUGGAAUUCCCUUUACAGGGGAUCAAGAAAAUAGAAUAUAUUGCAUUCCUGAUUAUCACAGAAAAUUCUCACCAACCUGUGCAGUUUGCAAAAAACUAAUUGCACCAACAAAGGGAUCAAAGGAGAUCCUGAGAGUGGUUUCAAUGGAGAAAGAUUUUCACGUUGAUUGCUUUAGAUGUGAGGAUUGUGGGAUUCAGCUUUCAAAUAAGAGACCAUGCUAUCCACAAGAUGACCACAUCCUCUGUCGAAAGUGCAAUGGUAAAAGAACGCCAAUUUCAAGAUCACUGCAGGUCACCCCAGUUAAUUCACCUUGUGACUCACCAAAUGUAACACCUCGAUGUCUACCACGUGGCAGACCACGUAUUUUACGCAGCAAGCGAGAAUAAUAUUGUAGUUAGAUUAUCCAAUUACGGCAUAUUUAUCCGGCAUUUAUUAUUAUGGUGUCACUUACACUGUAUCACGAUAAAGAUCAGGCAUUUGCUAUUUGGAAAGUGGCUAAUGUUAUCGUGAUAUAUUUGAAAGGAAUAGGGUUUCUUUAUUAAGGAGUUAAAAAAGGACUAUCUAUUAAUAUCACUUAUUAUUAUUGAAUAUAUAAAUAUAAGUUUUUGAAAAAAUAAAUAAACACAUGCCUGGAGUAACAAUGGGCUUUCAGUUCUGACUGAUUGUUUUGUUAGAUAAGGGUUGUUUGGUAAGAAAUCUGCCUGGAUGUUCCUAAUUUUCUUUGUAAAAUUUUGUUUAUAAAGUGAAUGAUUAGUCUAUUAUGAUAAUUAGACCUUGGGUUUUUAUAAUCAAUAGUAAUUUUUUUUGUAAUUGAGAUUAACUAUUGAUUAUUAAAAAAUUUUUGUUUGUAGA